AUGGUCCCACUGAAGUCCUACUACGCCCUCCCCUCCCCAGCCUUUUCCAGAAACCAUACCAGGCUCAGAUCAGAGCUCCGAAGCGGUCAAAGUGAGCUGAGCAGGACAGGCCCAGCCUUUCUCCACUGCCACGUCCCUCAUGCACAUCACUCAUCUCCUGCUGCAGGCCAAGGCCAAAAUUGGGCUAGUCCUGGCCAGGGAAAUCAGAAGCUCUUCUUGGGUGAGAUUGAGCCUCCUGUUGCUCCCUGGAGUUCCGGAGGCUGGGCUGCAGCCCACUCAGCUUGCGGGCAAAAUACGUGCUCUCCUCUCUCCUUGUCAGCUGAGCAAACCCAGGGAAUAGCCCUCCUCUCCCCAGGAAACUUCUCUGAAAUCUUAGACUUAGCCAGUCUUAGGCCUACGAUGCCACACAAAGGUUGUUCAGGGAGAAGGGGGUGCAGGAGGCAGAGGGUGCCCCGCAGGGAGCUGGUGGCUCCAGCCCCACUAGAGCUCCUAAAGAUCACACAGCAGCUGCUCCUGACAGGGAUGCUCAUGCCCAGAAAGAAAGCCCAGGAAAGGAAGGCAGAGUGCGACAGAGCAGAGCCAGGGCCAGGCGCACCAGGAGAGGCGUUUCUGGGGCUCCAGGGAAGUGCCAUGGGAGGCAGAAGUCCAGAACUGCCCAUAUAG